GCGGCGGUGCAGCCCGCGAGGCCUCGGCUUCUCCGGCGAAGCCGCUGCGGGGAGCGGACGGAGGGACUACUUUCCUGCGGCGCCGCGCAUGCGCCGGAGGGGGGACUGAGGGCGCGGAGGGAUACGCGGCCGGCGGCUGGACGGCGGGCCGCGCGGGGGGUGCUUCGGCUCGGGGUGAGAUCGCUGCGCGCAGCAGGAGCGCGAGGGGGAGCCGCGGUCGCCAUUUUGCAGCGGCGGCUGGGGGAGGCGGCGCGAGGAGCGCUCCCGUCCGCACGGCCCGGCCCCGCCGCCGCCGCCGCCCGCCCGCUGCCCGCGCCUCAGGCCCUGCCCCGCCGCAGCCAUUGCCGACCUCGCCAUGUCCGGGGGGGGCGUGAUCCGCGGCCCGGCCGGCAACAACGACUGCCGCAUCUACGUGGGGAACCUGCCCCCCGACAUCCGCACCAAGGACAUCGAGGACGUCUUCUACAAGUACGGCGCCAUCCGCGACAUCGACCUCAAGAACCGCCGCGGGGGGCCGCCCUUCGCCUUCGUCGAGUUUGAGGACCCCAGGGACGCGGAGGACGCCGUCUACGGGCGGGACGGCUACGAUUACGAUGGGUAUCGCCUCCGCGUGGAGUUCCCUCGCAGCGGCCGGGGCACCGGCAGAGGCGGCGGAGGAGGUGGAGGCGGAGGAGCCCCCCGGGGCAGGUACGGGCCCCCAUCGCGGCGCUCGGAGUACAGAGUGAUCGUCUCGGGGCUGCCUCCAAGUGGAAGUUGGCAGGAUUUAAAGGAUCACAUGCGUGAAGCAGGUGAUGUAUGUUAUGCUGAUGUUUUCCGAGAUGGCACUGGUGUCGUGGAGUUUGUACGGAAGGAAGAUAUGACCUACGCUGUGCGAAAACUGGAUAACACUAAAUUUAGAUCUCAUGAGGGAGAAACUGCCUACAUCCGUGUUAAAGUUGAUGGUCCAAGAAGUCCAAGCUAUGGAAGAUCUCGGUCACGCAGCGUAGUCGUAGCAGAAGCCGUAGUCGAAGCAACAGCAGAAGCCGCAGUUAUUCCCCAAGAAGAAGCAGAGGAUCUCCACGCUACUCUCCCCGCCACAGCAGAUCCCGAUCUCGUACAUAAACGAUCACUAGCUCUGAUCUUUUUGUAGAACCCCAUGUUGUACACAGUUUUCCUUUACUCAGUACAGUCUUUCAAUUUUUUUUUAAUUCAAACUGUUUUAUUCAAAUUGGCUGAAGUGUUGAAUUGCAUUCUUGUGUAAAAUCCCUAGUGAGUAUUUGCUCCGUAACAUCAACAUUCCCCUCAUGUCUUUGGUAAAUUGUAUUUUAAUUGAUGUCAGUCAGGAUUGUUUCAAUUUAGUUCUAGUUAAAUACCAACAUUCUUCAAACUGUGGUAUUGCUGUGUAAAUGUCUCAGUGUUCAGCUAUGGUUUAUACGAGCUGGGGAUGUUGGGAUGUUUGUGGCUAACUUGUCUCUUCUGGGGGAUCUUAUAUUUUAUCUUGCCUUUUCGUGUGUCUUUCUGUAGACAUAUCUGAAGAGAUGGAUUAAGAAUGCUUUGGAUUAAAGGAUUGUGGAGCACAUGUCAAUCAUUUUAGGAUUGUCAAAAGGAGGAUUGAGGAGGAUCAGAUCAAUAAUGGAGGCAAUGGUAUGACUCCAAGUGCUAUUGUCACAGAUGAACUUGGCAGUAUUGACCUUAUACUGAGAGACAGGUUAAUUGAGUACGUGCGCCUACGUGUCACUUCUUCAGGCAUGUUUUAGUUACUGCAGACUACAAUUGCUCUUCUCUUUAAAACCUUUUUUUGGCAAUUGUGGCUAAAUACUUGCUUUUGUAAUUCUCUAUUCCAUUCUAGUUUUUUAAAGGAACAAACCGGGACGGGGGUGGGAGUAUUGGUUUACUUUGUCAUGCAGCAUUUGGUUACAAGUGUUAAUGUUGCGUAGUAUUUGUACACUUGUAGAUGAAGGGUAUCUUCAAAUCAGAGUAUAAUAUCAAUACUGCUAAAAUCUGCAUGUCCUCUGUGUGACUGAUACAGCGUUGCUAUUUCAUUUUUUUUAAAGUACCAGAAUGAAAGCGAAAAUAGAAAACCUAGUUGGGAAUAAUUUAAGUCUCAGCCCUUCCCCUCAGACUAAUUCACAAUUGACUCACGAAUAUGCUUGAAAACUCCAGUUAGUUAAUUUUGGUACCUUCCAGCUGGGAGUAGUAGUUACAGCUUAGACAUACAGUAGGCGGAUAGCUUUAGCAGUAAACUUUUACAAUUUCAUAAACAUUUUUUGCAACCACAAAACCUGUAGCACACCACCGUAUGAGCAAUGAGUAUGUUGGCAUUUUCAGUUGACAUAUGUAAAUAUUACGAUGUUUCCUCCAAAUAAUUAACAUUUCUAAAAAAAAAAAAGAAAGAAA